AUGGCUUUUCCACCGCAGGAGGCUCUGUCCGGUCCUGUCUCUGAGGAGGAUCUCGUAGCUUUGUCCUGCAGCGUCUGUGGCCGUGAGCGCUCACAGACACUGUUCUGUGUGUCUGACCUGCAGCCUGUCUGUGUGGAGUGUGGAGACUCUGAAGAUCAUGAAGACCACCGCUUUAGGCCCAUAGUAGAAGCAGCACAGGAGCUCAGACAGGAGCUGGACCAGUCCCUGCUGCCUCUGAAGGAAGAGUUAGAGAAGGCUAAGGACUUUCAAGAGAUGCUUUUGGUCAUUGCUGAUUGUGUUAAAAAACAGUCUCAUCAGACAAAGAGACAGAUCCAGGAUCAGUUCAACAAGAUGCACCAGUUUCUGGAGGAGGAAGAGGAGGCCCGGCUGAAGGCUCUGACGGAGGAAGACGAGCAGAAGAUUCAGAAGAUGAAGGACAAGAUGGAUGGCUGUGAGCAGAGAGAUAGAAGCUCUUACAAGGCUGCAGUGGAGAGAGUGCAGCGCUGCCCCCUGCUGGAGGAACCGCAGCUGGGCCCAGGAGCUCUGAUAGACCAGGCCAAACAUCUGGGCAACUUGGCCUUCAACGUCUGGAGCAGCAUGAAGACGAUGGUGCACUUCUCUCCUGUCAUAAUGGAUCCAAACAGAUCCACCAGUGAAAUCGUCCUGUCAGACGAUCUGACCAGUUUUACUACUGAGAAACAAAGAGGUCCAAAUGCAGCAGGGACAGAGACAGGCUGGGCGCUGGUGCUGGGCUCUGAGGGCUUCGACUGCGGCUCUUGGAGCUGGAGCGUGGAGGUGGGAAACAGCGGGGAGUGGGCUGUGGGAGUUGUGACUGACUCUUUGGAGGAGGAGGACGUGGAGGGCUGGAGCGUGGCUUUGUCAGAGGGCGAGUAUGCAGCUGUUCAGAAUGAAGAACACCUCACAUCUCUCCAGCUCCAGUCCAACCCCGUGAGGAUCCGAGUGCGUCUGGACUGUGACAGACACGACGUGAGCUUCUAUGACGCUGACGCCAACACUCACAUUCACUCUUUCACACACAUCAGUCCCAACAAACUCUUCCCAUAUUUUGGCUCCACAAACAAAUACAAAAUCAAGAUUGAGCCUGAAGACGUGACUCUGGUCUGA